AAAACUCACUGACUUUUUAGCCAUUAUCAUUCCUUCUUCCUCUCAAAAAUAUGAGAAUUUAUAAACUUUUCACUCUUCUCCUGUUUACCACAACUCUGUUAGUUCAUGGAGCCAUCAGCAACAAAAAGCAUUAUAUUGUGUACAUGGGAGAAAACUCCCAAUCCCACCUUUCUUCAGAAUCUUUGAGCAAAGCAAAUCAUAAGGUUCUUGCAUCAGUCACCAGAAGUUUCAAAGAAGCACAGGGUGUAACACUUCACCAUUAUACUAAAAGCUUUAGAGGCUUCUCAGCCAUGCUUACACAAGAACAAGCUCAGAAACUUGCAGAAAGCGAUUCGGUUGUUUCUGUGUUUGAGAGUAGAAUGAAUAAGCUGCACACUACACAUUCAUGGGAGUUUCUAGGAGUUAGCUCCCUUCAUCAAUAUAACAACCAAUUGCCUGUGGCCUCAUCCUCUUCGGACAUCAUUAUUGGUGUCAUUGACAGUGGAGUUUGGCCUGAGUCUGAAAGCUUCAAUGACAGAGGGUUAGGCCCUGUGCCUAAGAAAUUCAAGGGAACAUGUGUUCCUGGUGAAAAAUUUUCAUCAGCCAACUGCAACAGAAAAAUCAUUGGAGCUCGAUUCUACUACAAAGGAUUUGAAGCAGAAAAUGGACCUCUUGAAUCAUUUGGGGCUACUUUCUUUCGAUCAGCUCGAGACAGUGAUGGUCACGGAUCCCACACUGCUUCAACUAUAGGUGGCAAUCUGGUGUCUAAUACUAGCUUAUUUGGAAUGGCCACAGGUACUGCAAGAGGUGGCGUACCAAAUGCAAGGCUUGCAAUCUACAAGGCUUGCUGGUUCAAUCUUUGCAGUGAUGCAGAUAUUCUUUCUGCUAUGGAUGAUGCAACUAAUGAUGGAGUUGAUAUCCUCUCCCUUUCUCUUGGUCCUGACCCUCCUCAGCCUACUUACUUUGAGGAUGCUAUUUCUAUUGGAGCUUUCCAUGCAUUCAGAAAUGGGGUAGUUGUUUCUUGCUCAGGAGGGAACUCAUUUUUCCCAAGAACUGCAACCAAUGUUGCUCCUUGGAUCAUCACUGUUGCAGCUAGCUCUCUGGACAGAGAAUUCAACUCUAACAUAUAUCUUGGAAAUUCAAUUGUUCUCAAGGGUUUUUCUUUAAACCCUCUGAAGAUGGAAACCUCUUAUGGGUUAAUCUCUGGAAGUGAUGCAGCUGCACCUGGAAUUCCAGCUAAGAAUGCAAGCUUUUGCAAGAACAAUACUCUAGACAACACCAAGAUUAAGGGGAAGAUUGUGGUCUGCACAACUGAGGUUGUUAAGGAUAACAGAAGAGAGAAAGCCUUAACUAUACAACAAGGUGGUGGUGUCGGAAUGAUACUGAUUGAUCCAUUGAUUAAAGAAGUUGGUUUUCAGUUUGUAAUCCCGGCCACUUUAAUCGGACAAGAAGAAGCACAACAGCUCCAAGCAUACAUGAACACAGACAAGUACCCUACUGCAAGGAUUGCCCCAACAGUAACAGUCCUGAACACUAAACCUGCUCCAGAAAUGACUGUGUUUUCUUCCCGGGGACCAAACAUUGUAACUCCAGAUAUUAUUAAGCCGGAUGUUACAGCUCCAGGUCUGAAUAUUUUAGCAGCAUGGUCUCCAGUAGCAGCUGAUGCCACAGGUGGACGUUCAGUAAACUAUAACAUAAUCUCUGGAACCUCUAUGUCUUGUCCCCAUGUUGCUGCAGUUGCUGCAAUCUUAAAAUCUCACCAACCUUCUUGGAGUCCAGCAGCAAUAAAGUCUGCAAUAAUGACAACAGCUACAGUCAUGGAUAACACUGGAGAAGUGAUCAAAAGGGAUCCGAGUGGCACCCCGACAACACCAUUUGACUAUGGAUCUGGACACAUAAAUCCAAUAUCAGCUCUAAAUCCUGGGCUAGUUUAUGACUUCAGUUCCUAUGAUGUAAUAGAUUUCCUCUGCAGCACUAGUGCAAGCCCUGCACAAUUAAAAAACCUGACAGGACAACCAACUUAUUGUCAGAAUCCUACAACUCAAUCCUAUGAUUUCAACUAUCCUUCAAUUGGAGUUUCCAACAUGCAUGGAAGUGUAUCAGUUCAUAGAACAGUUACUUAUUAUGGUGAAGGGCCAAGUGUUUACACUGCUGAAGUAGAUUAUCCUGAUGGUGUCGAAGUUAGAGUUACACCGUCUGCACUCAAGUUUACAAGGGCAGGAGAGAAAAUGUCUUUCAGGAUAGAUUUUAAACCUUUCAAGACAAGUAAUGGGAAUUUUGUAUUUGGGCUUUUGGUAUGGAGCAAUGGUGUCCAUAAAGUUAGGAGUCCCAUUGGCCUCAAUGUGCUUUCUCUGUAGAAAAAAUUUGAUUCGUUUUUAAUUAUUAUU